ACCCUCCCGUCCGGGGUGUUUCCAUCUCAUUCAUCUAGAAACCUCCAUCGUUACGAGAACCACUGUUAUAUUUCCAUUGUCAUAUCUUCAUCAGAAAUGUCUUACUCUAAAGUUAUCCCCGCUCUGGCCAGAGUAAAGCCGAGUCAGUUAUUUGGUGUGAGGCUUCGCUCCACAGCAGCAUCCACGCAGCACAAAGAGCAGAAGACCGAAGACACGCCGCUGGAUCCGACCUGCACGAUAGUGGAGAAGCCCUGCGAUGUGGAUCUCAUCAGCGGGAAAGCGCACACGGACAGCCAGAAGAUCUCCAUCGAUUUCGACAACACACAAGAAGCCUAUAAGAGCAAAGACACACUGGAGCUCCUCAGAAGCCUGCUGGUGUUUAAACUCUGCACCUUUGACUUCCUGGUUGACAAAAAUAAAGAGCUGAUGGACCUCAGUAAAAAGGUUCUUGGCCAGCGGCUCUUCGAGAAACUGAUGAAAAUGACCUUCUACGGUCAGUUUGUUGCGGGUGAGGACCAGAACUCCAUCAAACCUCUGAUUGAGAAGAACCAGGCGUUUGGCGUGGGUUCGGUUCUGGACUACAGCGUAGAGGAGGACCUGACUCAAGAAGAGGCUGAGAAGAAGGAGAUGGAUUCCUGUGUUUCUGAGGCUGAGAAAGAGAGUCAUGGUAUGGAUCAUCGUGAGAAAAAGUACAAAGCUCAUCGCCAGUUUGGAGAUCGGCGUGGAGGAGUGAUCAGCGCUCGGACGUAUUUCUACGCAGAUGAAGCCAAGUGUGAUCAUCACAUGGAGACAUUCAUCAAGUGCAUCAAAGCUUCCGCCGGAAGCUCUGUCGAUGGAUUCUCGGCCAUUAAGAUGACCGCACUGGGCCGGCCGCAGUUCCUGCUGCAGUUCUCUGAGGUGCUGGUGAAGUGGAGGAGGUUCUUCAACCUGUUGGCCGCCCAUCAGGGGAAAGACGGCAUGGCCAUACUGGAGCAGAAGCUAGAACUCGAACAACUGCAGGACAGUUUGAUCAAACUGGGAGUAGGUGCUAAAUCAGACAUUGAGAACUGGUUUACUGGAGAGAAACUGGGUUCAUCAGGAACCAUUGAUCUGUUGGACUGGAACAGUCUCAUCAAUGACACAACCAAAAUCUCCAACCUGCUUGUGGUGCCUAACAUGGAGAGUGGUCACCUGGAGCCUCUGUUGAGCAAAUUCACUGAUGAAGAGGAGAAACAGAUGAAGAGGAUGUUACAGAGAAUGGACGUCCUAGCCAAGCACGCUGUGGAGAACGGCGUGAGGCUGAUGGUGGACGCAGAACAGACAUAUUUCCAGCCGGCCAUCAGCAGACUGACCCUGGAGAUGCAAAGGAUCUUCAACAGAGAAAAACCUAACAUCUUCAACACCUACCAGUGCUACCUUAAAGAAGCGUAUGAUAAUGUGUCCGUGGAUGUGGAGCUGUCGCGUCGGGAGGGCUGGUACUUCGGCGCUAAGCUGGUCAGAGGAGCGUACAUGUGUCAGGAGAGAUCUCGGGCGGCAGAGAUUGGCUACGAAGACCCCAUCAACCCUGACUAUGAGGCCACCAACAGGAUGUACCACAAGUGUCUGGAGUACAUUCUAGAGGAGAUUAAUCUCAACAGGAUGGCCAACGUCAUGGUGGCAUCUCACAAUGAGGAUACGGUCAAAUUCACACUGGAAAAAAUGAACGAGAUGAGUCUCUCUCCCACUGAGAAUAAGGUUUACUUUGGACAGCUGCUAGGAAUGUGCGACCAGAUCAGCUUCCCGUUGGGUCAGGCAGGAUUCCCGGUGUACAAGUAUGUUCCGUACGGUCCCGUGAACGAGGUCAUCCCGUACCUGUCUCGCCGAGCGCAGGAGAACCGCGGCUUCAUGAAGGGUUCGCAGAGAGAACGCAGCCUGCUGUGGAAAGAGAUACAGCGCAGACUCUUCAAUGGACAACUGCUCUACAGACCUGUGUACUAAAACACACACACACACACACAACUGAACAUCAGCUGUAUUUAAAAUAUGGACCCGUCCCCCUACCAGAGCGCACAACCAUGUGAGUGUGGGAAACUCCUCACCAAAUGGACAUUAAUACAAUCCAUAAGUUUUAUAGUUUGUGUACAUCAGUGGCUGUAAAAUGAACUAGAGUUAAAGAUAACAUGAAAUUGCAUUUGCGAUACAUUUAACUUCUGUGAUGUGACGUGAAAUAGAAAGUGUAACAAAAUUCAGAGGGAGAUAAUAUCAGUAAUAAUAUUUUUUUCUUUAUUUCACAUAAACCAUUAUCUGAUGAAAAGCAAACAUUUAUAAAUAUUUAAAUGUAUUUAUUUUUUUAUUUUAUUCCACAUAACCCAAAAAUUUCAUAAUAUAUGAAAUGUUUAAAUAUAUAUAUUUUAUUUUUUAUUUUAUUUUAUUGUAUUCCUCAUAACACAUUAUCUGAUAUAAAGCAAGCAUUUAAAAAGUAUAUUUUAUUAAACAAAGUGAAUCAGAAAGUUAAUGUAGGAUAUUGGGUGGGACAUGUUAAGUUAUGAAGUUAAGACAUGUUUAGUUACAUGAGCAGAACAAAUCGUCUAAGUCAUGUCAGAUAUGGAGAAAGUUUGGGACAGUUACGAAGACUGUAAAUAGAGUCUGUUUUAAUUAUAUGUUAUCUUUAAAUCAGCUCUUCAUCAUUCCACUGUCUUUACAUCACUGGUUAUGUUUGGAAUAACUUCGACCAUACUACUCAUACUGUGUUUGCAUUAUGAUCACUGUAUCAGACACAACACUGCUAAUGUGACAAAUGAACCAAUAUCAGCUGCCAUUUUUAAUCACAGACCUUUUUACAAAUGCAAAAUAUCUGUAUUAUUUCAGAGAUAACACAAUAAGGUCAUGUGACAAUAAUAUAUAUACACACACAUAGUAUAUAGUGCACAAUAUGCAGUACACUAGUUUCAAGUGAAAAACGUUUGACCUGUUGACGCACAUGGACUGUUUUCAUACUGACAAUGACGAGUUUUUUGUAUUAUAUUUAAUAGUUAUUUAACCAUAUAAUUAUGAUUAAAUGUCUAUUAACAGACAGGUUCGACGCAUUUUAGCACUGUAUAUUCUGUUUAGUGUAUGACUGUAAUAUAAAUUCGUUUUUUUUUUGGCUUUUUCUUUUGCUCAUUUUAAAAACUGCUGAAAUGUAAGUUUGGGUUUGAAUUGAAAUGAGUUUGGAUGAAGUGUGCAUAUGAAUCUUUCAGUUGUUUGAAAUAUUUACUGCUCUUUUAUUAUGUAAAUAAUAUAAUAUAGCGACAGCGCACAGUUCUCUCCCCAGAGUGAUUUUAGACACUUUUGCACUGUUUAACUAGAUGAAUAUGGAUGACUGUAUAUAAACAUGUCUUAAAUAAAAAUGACAGUUUGUUACAAA